AUGUCAUUUUUGACAAUCCUCAUCGACGAUAAAUCUCCUCUGAUACAAUAUGACUCUGGGUUCAAUCCGGGGGUCGCUGCAGAUGACGGUUCAGCAGACAAAUACUUCCGCGGGACAUUUCAGAGGUCGAACGUGGUGGGGAGUGUCGCCAAAUUCUCCUUUAACGGUACGGCCGUCUGGAUCUACGGUGCUAAAAGAUCGAAUCAUGGUAAUUACACCGUGACGUUUGACAAUGCAAAUUCGGAAUACAAUGGCUCUGCCACUCCCGAUGAAUUCCAACAAGUGCUCUUCACCCAGAGUGGCUUGACACAAGGCCUGCAUACAGUAUCUCUUACGAACACCGGCCCUGCCGCGGGCUCCUGGUUCGAUAUCGAUAUGGUGGCCUGGCAGACCGAAUUUAGUGGAACCCAGUUAAUGACAGAGACGGUCGACGACACAGACACUAGAUUCCAGUACCAGGGGGCAGCGUGGAAUACGAACCCAACUAAUGCUAUUUUAAACCUGUUCAAUAACGGGACUGGGCACUCCACGAGCAUUGUUGAUGCCACUGUAACCUUAACAUUUACAGUGAGCACUGAGAGCCAAAACUUAUCCAUAUUUAUGCUGAUGGUUGAUUUCAUCUUAGGCACUGUAGGCCCUGGCAAUGGUCUAUAUUCCGUUUCUCUCGACUCUGGACAAGCCACCCAGUACAACGCCACCGCAUAUGACACUUUCUAUGAAGUUGUGCUUUAUCAUGCAGACAACCUCGGUCCUGGUCAGCAUCAGGUGACCCUCACCAACCUUCCUGAAGCAAAUGAACAGACACUCAACAUAGACUACGCAUUGCUUACAUCAUCAUCAUCAAGCUCCAAUUCUUCCAGUUCGUCAGGAAGCGGUUCAACGUCAGGAUCUUCAUCUCCGACAAGCUUAAGCUCAGGGGCUAUUGCUGGUAUCGCCGUGGCAGCGACUGUGACUCUCUCUGCAUUGGCAGCUGCCUUCUUCUUUUAUCGGCGGUGGAAAUCGGCCCAGGCAGUGUCACAGGACUCGAGCCGGUUUAAUACAGCUCAAAAUUCCCCAGAAAAUGCCAACACGGGUGCUUCUUCCUCGGUAGGAGACAAGCCUUGUCAGACAUGA